AUGGCAGCAGAUUUUGGGAGCCCUAAUGCCAGUGUGAUUGGGGAGAGGUCCCUGGCUGGGGGGAGCAGCUGGGUGGCCGCCUUCCUCUGCUUCAUCGUCCUGCUGACCACCCUGGGGAACGUCCUGCUCAUUCUGCUGAUCUUCACGCAGCGCUCCCUGCGCAACACCUCCAACUACUUCCUGGUGUCCCUCUUCAUGUCCGACCUGAUGGUGGGCGUGGUGGUCAUGCCCCCAGCCAUGCUGAACCAGCUCUACGGCCGGUGGGUGCUGGCGGGCGAAUUCUGCUCCAUCUGGUACUCCUUCGACGUCAUGUGCUGCAGUGCCUCCAUCCUCAACCUCUGCGUCAUCAGUCUGGACAGGUACCUGCUCAUCAUUUCCCCGCUCAAGUACAAGCUCAGGAUGACCUCCUGCAGGGCCGUGUGGCUCAUCUUCGCCACCUGGACCUUGGCCGCCCUGGCCUCCUUCCUGCCCAUCAAAAUGGGGUGGCACGAGCUGGAGUUUGAGAUCAGGCCCCUCAAUAGCACCUCCCACGUGGAAGAGGACCAGUGCAGGCUCCUGGUCAGCCUGCCCUACGCUCUGAUAGCCUCCUGCCUGACGUUCUUCCUCCCAUCCAUGGCGAUCUCCUUCACCUACUGCCGGAUCCUCCUGGCCGCCAGGAAGCAAGCUGUGCAGGUGGCGUCGCUCACCACCAACAUGGCCAGCACCUCCGACGAACCCCUGCAACAGGUCCCCGGAGCUCAGAGCCAAGCUGUGGCCCUGGGCGAGAACAGGAAAUUUGCCAAUAAGCACAGCAGAAAGGCGCUGAAGGCCAGCCUGACCCUGGGCAUCCUGCUGGGAAUGUUCUUCGUGGCCUGGCUCCCCUUCUUCGUUGCUAAUAUGGCACAAGCAGUGUGUGACUGCGUCCCUGCUGGCUUCUUUGACGUCCUCACCUGGCUUGGGUACUGCAACAGCACCAUGAACCCCAUCAUCUACCCCCUCUUCAUGAGGGACUUCAAAAGAGCCAUGGCUAAGUACCUACCCUGCUGCCGGCGCUCUUGGGAAGGCAGGCCUAGCGCCAUCUCCCUGUCCAUGCGGAACUCCAACAGCGGGCCCCGGCUGGGGAUGUCCCUCAAGAAUGUCCUCACGCUGCAGGGCGAGACGGACUCAGUUGACUCGGUCAUCCAGGUGAACGAGCACAUCUUGCCGCCUACCUGCAAAGACCCCCACCUGGAGUCCAUCCCAGCCACGACUGCCGACUCAGUCAACCUCUUCGACUUAGAUCACAUGGACCAGGAGCUGCAGAUCAACCAGCUGAACACGCCCAUGGAUUGACCACGCUGCCCCAAUGCGGGUGGCACGAGGUUAGGAGGGACCUGCUCUUGGUUCCCCCUACAAGCUUGGGCUAUG